AUAAAUUCCGACAACGAAAAUCACCAACGUUAUGAAUCAGUCAUUUUUUGACAAUCUUUAAAAUUUAAGUUUGUCCAUUUGUGUGUAGCAAAAAUGCAUUGCAAACAAAUAAAAUUAGGUGAUGUCUGGCGCACCUGUAAUAAAAUACGAGCAGCGGUCUUUCGGACAAAUCUAAAUCUUUGGGAGUAUUUCUGUCAUCUCGAUCCGAACAAAAAUUCAAUAAUUUCUGAGUCACAAUUUAUUUCUGUUUUCACCGGUCAUUUACAGGCAAUUAUUGGUCUCUCGGACCAAGAAAUUUCAGAACUUGCGGAUUAUUUUAGAAUUCAGGAUGGUCGAAUCUUGUAUACACAACUGUGUGAAGUUAUUUAUGAUAGCGUGCCCGAUUUUUCACAAAAUGCCCCCUUAGUAACAGGUCUUGAAUGGGAAGACCCUCUUCAUGUCAACAGGUUGAGCAUAAGUGAAGAAAGACGAUUAAACCUCCUUUUAACUAAAAUAGCAUGUGUUGUAAAUAUGAGAAAUUUGCUGCUGAGGCCUUAUUUCCAAGACUAUGAACUUAUUUCUAAAAACAACGGAACUGUAACAAUAGGUCAUUUUGCUCGCGUUUUAGACUAUUUAAAAAUUCUAGUCUCGCCAGACGAUUUUACGUUAUUGCUGAAAAAAUAUCUGAAGGACAGUUACACAGUAAAUUAUGUUGCUUUUAUUGCAGCAAUCGACGAAAUUGUCAAAUACCUGGACCAGCACGGAGUCAUGGAUCUUAGUGGAGAUGUCCUAAGUCUUUUUCCGGGAAGAAUAAUAAACGCAGAAUUACCUAAACUUCCCCGACCCGAAAUUGGUAAACAGUUAGCUGCGAGUAUUUUCGGAAAACAAAGCAUCUUUCAUUCCGCGUUAAACGAACCGAAACAAACCCAAGACUUAGUCACCACAAUUAAAAGAAUUCAAAGACAUGUUUUAGAAAACAGGUUAAGAGUGUCGGAAUUUUUCAAAGACUUUGAUGCUUUAAAUAGUGGCCGUUUGACUGUGUCACAGUUCCAUCGAGGGCUUGACAUGUUGGGAAUCAGCGGAAUUCAAAGACUUUACUUGUCUUUACCUGAAAUUGAAGCUAUAAUGAUACAAUAUCGCGACCCUUGUGACCCAACUAGAGUCUGUUGGAAGACCUUUGAAGACGACAUUGACCAAGUUUUCACAACGAAAGAACUUGAAAAGUAUCCAUGUUUGUGUGUGGAUGUACCACCGCGUGAAAUCGUCGAAUUGCCCCGAAUGGGGGGCAAAGACUGGCAAAAGGUCAAUCUGGCGUCAAGAGAAUUGUGUGAAGAAGCGGUUGAUAAAGUCAAGCAAAGGGUGACAAAAAGACGAAUCGUGUUAAAGCCAUCAUUUAGGGACUAUGACAAACACAACAAUGGAUAUGUUUCGAGGUCACAAAUGCGUCAGUGUUUGUUAUCUAAUGGUAUUUUAUUGUCCGAUGAAGAAUUAUACGCCUUGGAAGAACGUUUUAACAAUGAAGUUGGGUUUAAUUAUUUCUGGUUUUUGAAAGAAGUUGAGCCGAAGAGCUGUGAGGACCGGUGUCCUGGUGCUAUCCACCAUGAGGUUUGUGGUGAAGAAUACAUCAAAAAACCGGUCCCUCGAGCCGAGCAAGACAUUGUUUUGAUUAUGGCCAAAAUCAAAGGCAAGGUUGUGCGUGAGAGAAUCCGUGUUAUGGAGUUUUUGCGUGAUUUUGACAAAUGUAAUCAGAAUGUUAUUUCUCGUGAGGAUUUCAAACGAGGAUUGUCGGUGUGUCGCUUUGAUUUGACGGAAAAUGAAAUGGAAACUCUGAUGGAAGUAUUUGCAUCACCUUUACGACGUGAGUGUGUGGAUUAUCGCCGGUUUUCGGACGUGGUUGAGGAGGCUUUCACCCAGCAAAGCCUGGAACGAGCUCCUUUGAUUGUUCCUCUCCAACAUAUUCCGACUCGAGAUGGCGAGCGGAAUUUCCUCAAUUUUGAUGAGAGAGUUUUGCUGUCUAGUGCAAUGAAUAAGUUAUCGAAAAAGCCCGAAAUGGAGCUUAAUUUAAUUCAAAUUUUUCAAGAUUAUGACAAGACUAACUGUGGGACGGUUUCGGGUGAACAUUUCGAAAGAGCUCUGUCGCUUCGGGGUCUUCUUAAUAUUAUCACCAGACAAGAAUUCGAUGCUGUUUGUAAAUGUUUCAGUUUUGAGAGAGGGAUGAGGGACGAAAUUGACUACAGAGCGUUCAUUAAAGGCCUCAACAUACUCUACAAUAUAAAUAAAUACAAACCUUUCUAAGAAUAUUUCUGUAUAAUAUUAUUGGGAGCAAAUAUAUUUUGUUAUUAUUCGA